AUGGCUGAGGAGAUUGCCGCUCUUGAGCGCACUCACACGUGGGACCUUGUUUCUCAUCCUGCCAAUGUGCGCCCUAUUACAUGCAAGUGGGUGUAUAAGGUCAAGACUCGCUCUGAUGGCUCUCUUGAGCGCUAUAAAGCUCGUCUUGUUGCUCGUGGUUUUCAGCAGGAGCAUGGUCGUGACUAUGAUGAGACUUUUGCUCCAGUUGCGCACAUGACCACUGUUCGCACCCUUCUUGCUGUGGCCUCUGUUCGUGGGUGGUCCGUCUCUCAGCUUGAUGUCAAGAAUGCCUUCCUUAAUGGUGAGCUGCGUGAGGAGGUCUAUAUGCAGCCGUCGCCUGGGUAUUCUGUUCCUGAGGGUAUGACUCUUCUCCUUCUUUAUGUUGAUGAUAUGAUCAUUACUGGAGAUGAUUCUCAGUAUAUUGCCUUUGUCAAGGCCCGUCUCAGUGAGACGUUUCUUAUGUCUGAUCUAGGAUUUCUUAGUUUCUUUCUUGGGAUUGAGGUUUCUUCUAUGCCCGAAGGCUUCUAUCUAUCUCAAGAAAAGUAUAUUCAGGACCUUCUUGAUCGGGCUUCUCUUACUGAUCAUCGGACUGUUGAGACUCCCAUGGAACUCAAUGUUCAUCUUCGCGCCACUGAUGGUGAGCCCCUUGAGGAUCCCACUCGUUAUCGUCAUAUUGUUGGGAGUCUCGUUUAUCUUGGUGUUACUCGUCCUAAUAUCUCUCAUGCUGUGCAUAUUCUGAGUCAGUUUGUUUCAGCUCUUUCUCAUCUUCAUUAUAACCAUCUUCUUCGCAUCUUACGUUAUCUUCGUGGGACCAUUUCAUGCCGUUUAUUCUUUCCACGCUCUAGUUCCUUAUAUCUCACGGCUUAUUGUGAUGCUACAUGGGCUAGUGAUCCUUCUGAUCGUCGGUCUCUUUCUGCAUAUUGUGUUUUUCUUGGUGGUUCCCUUAUUGCUUGGAAGACUAAGAAGCAGGUAGCAGUUUCUCGUUUGAGUGCUGAGGCUGAGUUGCGUGCUAUGGCGUUUGUGACGGCAGAGGUGACUUGGUUACGGUGGUUGCUUGAGGAUUUUGGUGUUUCUGUUUCUGUGCCGACUCCUCUUUUGUCUGACAGUACCAGAGCUAUUCGUAUUGCUCGCGAUCCAGUGAAGCAUGAGCUUACUAAGCAUAUUGGUGUGGAUGUUUCUUAUACACGUUAA